GGGAAAUAUACUUUCAUAUCGGGAUGCAAUAUGGGCAAAUUAAUUAUGUGUAAGCGCUCAAGUGAUAGAGAGUAAAGUUUACGUCGAACGUGCUGUAAUAUCAGUUCAAAAGUGGCGUCUGACUCGAUAAGUUAGACAAAAAAAUCUGACAAUUUAAAUUGAAUGCUUCUGAAUUAGAUCUUUAAGAUUACUAACAAGGAGCCGUUAGUUUGAAUUUGUGUUGUUUUUUCUUUGGAUUAAUAUUUAAUGAAUUGUUCCGGAUGUAAUGAACUCAUAAGCAGUGCCAAUUAAAUCACAACCAUGAACAACAGCACCAUUUCGUUACCCGGUACGCCGGUGGGCGUCGCCCAACUUACAACUGUGUCAACGGUGGCAAACACAACACCUUUGAGCGAUGACGACUUGUUCGAGACUCUUGUCCGGUAUAACGAUGCUAAGGCAACUCUGUAUAUUCCAGUAAUAGUGUACAUGAGUGUUUUGACAGUGGUUGGAACUUGUGGAAACAUUCUAGUGUGCUGUGUGUACUGUUGCAAACCAACAAAAUCAUCCUCACAUUUUUUCAUAAUGGCGCUGGCCGUCCUUGACCUACUUACGUGUAUAAUUGGAAUGCCUACGGAAAUUACCGAUCUCAGAUAUCCGUACAUGUUUUAUGCAUCAGCAGCAUGUAAACUUUUAAGAUUCGUGGAAUCUGUUACCACAAUAGGUUCUUCUAUGAUUUUGAUAUCAGUUGCUGUGGACAGGUAUCUGCGAAUAUGUAAAUUAGGCAAAAUGAUCUCCGUGAAGGCAUCAAAAAAGAUCUGCGUUGUGGCAAUGUUUGUCGGCGUCGCACUGUCGUGGCCAGCUUGUGUGAUUUUCGGACGUGCAACCGAGGAGCUUGAGCCCGGAGUCUGGGGCGUUGACUGCUCGACUGACGACUCGAUGCACGGCACUCUUUGGCCGCCAAUUUACUACGGUUUUCUUGGACUUCUUUUCAUCUGCUGUCUGAUUUUCUUUUCUGUCAUAUACAUUCAAAUUGGGCUUCAAAUAUGGCGACAGAAGAGAGCAAAAAUCGGGCAAAAGUCAAACCGAGAAUCUGAAAUUUCGUCAAAGUCAACUCGAACGUUCAGCAGUAGCUCAGCUCAUGAAUCAAGCGACCCAGUGGAAGAGGUCAAAGGUGGUGCACCAGACGACAAUGGAUCUGAUCCAAUCAGCACUGACAUGUCUUCAGAACAAAUAAAUGACUCAUACUUGAAGAAAAAAUGCAUUAAAAAUAAUAAUAAAGAACGAAAAUUUUCCUCAAUUUCUUCAGCGAGUGUGAAAUCCUCUGCACCAACAAAGCGAAAAAUAAAAGUCACGCGGACAACUGUCGUCCUAUUUGCAGUGACGGUCGCUUAUGUAAUUAGUUAUCUGCCAUUUUUAAUUCUUAUGGUAAUAAGAAGUAUAAAAAAGGACUUUGAGGAUAAUCUAACGCCUACGCAAGAAGUGGUGUUUAAAUUCUGCGUCAAGUCAUAUUUCAUAAACAACGCCAUUAAUCCAAUUAUAUAUAGUUUCCUGAAUAUCAACUUCCGCAAAGACGCUAAGAAAAUGAUUAUGCGGAUUUUUGGCGCGUGCUGUUGUUGCAGACGACACAGUAGCGUCUGACUAUAUGAAAGGAAAUCCGACAAGAAAAGAAAAUACAAAAAUGUGUGUUUUAACGAUGAGUCGACUGAAUUGUGCUGAACUACAAAUCGGACUUACUUUUGUUGUUGCAAAAACAAAAGAAAAAGGGCAUUUACAUAAAAUACAAUGUAUAUAUAAGCUUUGUAUGGAAAGUGGGCAUAGAAUUCCAUAAAAUAUUAACUAUAUUAGGGGCACCUGAAAGGAUAAUUUCUAUUUGCAUUUGUAACUGGAUUAAAGAUCGAGAUAUAUGUAAUACCUAAAUGCAAAUUUAUGAACAGUGUUUACUUGAUCUUAACUAUUAAAGUCUGAAUAAUCUUGUGCAUUCGUGGGAGUUUAACUGUGCAUGGACACAUUUUGCAUUGACAAAUGACUGGUGCAAUUCAUAUUUAUGUAUAUAGAUAUUGUUUUAUUUAUAUUUAUUUUUGUCUUGUUUUUGCAUUUGUAUGAGACACACGAAAAUAUUUCUUGUUUGAAAGAAUUAUAAAUGAAUAAUGAUCA